AUGGAGCUGCAGGAGGGAUGGGACACGAGCAAGGAGAAUUUUGCGCCUAUGAGGGCUGGUAGGCAGGCCCACGAGCUGCAGAAAACACCCUUAGCGUCAUCUAAGACCCCAGACAGCGAGCUGGAGGAGCAACGAAGGUAUGUGAAAUGGACCCAGGAGUCGUUCCCAGCGUCGGGCGGCAAGGAGCAGCUGCUGAAGGCCCUUGAGGCCGCCACCAAGGCGAUGGCCGGCUGCGAGCGAUACUACGAUGAUCCCCGCCUGCUGAGGCUCUGGAUCCAAUACGCCGACUGCCUGCCGGACCCCAGCGACGUGUUUUUGUUCCUCCAGGACCGGGGCAUCGGGCGCGAUCUGGCGCUGCUCUAUGAGGCCUACGCCACGUUCCUGGAGCUCAAGGGCGCGUUCCCCCGCGCCGACCUCGUCUACCAAAGCGGCAUCGACAGGCUGGCCAAGCCGCUGGAGCGGCUCAAGCAGAAGCACGCCGGCUUCCAGCAGCGCAUGCCGGUGCUGGGCUGA